AUGUCGGCCCCUUCAGGACGAGGAUUUGCAUUUCGGAGAAAACAGAAGAUUGAAAGACAAUACAGGAAAUUAUUGAAGAAAGGAAAAAAGGUCCAUUCACAACAGGAUAAUCAGUUUACCGAUACUUAUCCAGAGCACUUGAAACAUCUUUACCUAGCUGAGGAAGAAAUGCUGAAGAAACGGCGCAGGCCUCCAGAUGAUUCAGUUUUAUCAGAAGAAAAACUUAAUAAAACAGUAGAGCCAGUUAUGACUGAAGGGAAGUUUAAAAAGAAAACAUCCAAUCAGAAGGCGAAAGAGGAAUAUGAGAAAAUAAAGGCUGAGCGUGCUAGAAAGAAAGAGGAAGCAGAAAAAAGAAAACAACAAAGAGAAGAAGCUCAACGGUUGUACAAGCAAAAGAAAAUGGAAGCUUAUAAAAUACUGAGUAAGAAAACGAAAAAAGGACAGCCAAAUCUAAACUUACAAAUGGAGUUUCUUCUUCAGAAAAUACAGCAACAUACAUAA